AUGAACGGCAGCGCAGAUAAGGACAGAAGACUGAUUGUUAUUGUCACUGGAGCGAAUGGAGGUGUGGGUUUUGGGACGUGUCACCGUCUUCUCGUUCAGCUCUCGCAGGUGCAGCCGCCCGAUGCUCUUCCUCGGGUCACCUCGACGGAUACCGCAUUUGAAUUCGCUCAUGCUGGGCUUACGAUAAUCAUGGCGUGUCGGGAUCUCAAACGCGCUGAAGCUGCUCGUGAAAAACUUUACACGCUGAUUGAUGAGCGCAUCAUGAGCAUGCUCCAAGGGUCGUCAGAGCAUGACUAUGCGGUCAAGUUUAGAGAGAAUUUGGUGCUCGCAAUACACAGAUUGGACCUGAGCUCCGUUCAGAGCGUCCUCGACUUCGGGGCGGAGAUUUCACAAGAGUAUCCAUACAUCUCGCAUCUGAUAUGCAACGCUGGUCUUGCAACCUAUAGUCAUGUGGACUUUCUCGUAUUUCUCGAGCAGUUUCUCCAGUCGCCACGGAGGGCGGUGGAGUCUCCACGAUGCAAUGUGCAGAAAAGUGGGGUAAUGAGCAAGGACGGCCUAGGAUUCGUCUGGCAAUGUAACAUUUUUGGCCAUUACGUACUUUUCCGAACCCUCCAACCACUUCUUUCUGCCUCCUCUGAGAGUUCUGGCUUUCACACUCCUGCUAGAGUGCUUUGGAUAUCUUCCAUUGACGUACUGCCUGCGUAUGACACAAAAAGUGACUGGCAGCUGACGAAGACCAAAGACUCGUAUCAGGCGUCCAAAUUCCAACUCGAAUUGAUGAUCCUAGAGCUCUCGCGCCGAUCACAACAAUGCCAGAACGCAGAGGGUGUUCAGCAUCUUCUGCUCCAUCCCGGGAUUAGCCCAACGAGUAUUGCUUCUGAGAUUCUCAAGCCGGAAAUCUUGAGAUACCUCAUGCUCGCAGCCUUCUUCGUUAUUCGGCUACUGGCGGGGUGCCGAUACGUCAACUUCUCCGUUUAUCACGCGGCGCUUGCUACCGUGCAUGUCGCCCUCGCACCUUUGGCCGCGCUUGUCGGCCCUCCUUCGCGGUCAACUUCUUCGACUAUCAGGAAGUUUGGCACUGAGAGUAGCCGAUGGGGUGAGGAACGUCUGGGUUGCACUGAAGUCACGGCUUGGGAUGAGCAUCCCGACGAGGGCAAGUUGCUCGUUGAUAGGUGCGAGGGCCUAUAUCAGACGUUCUUAAAGGCUGGACCAAUAUCGAACAAUGCUGUGGACACAUCACUAUAG